AUGGCAGCGAAACUCGUGGCAACGGAAAGGUUGAAAGAGCCUAAGUCGGGCCCACUGGGCGGGUCUAAGAGGAGCAACCUCUAUGCAAGCUCGAGCUCAGUCAUCCCGGUCUCUGACUCGAGGCGGAAGCUCGCUGCUAGCCGAGGAAGCUCGACGUAUCGGUCGCAGGAGGAGGAAGAGGAUACGGAGCGAAGACAUCACCAGAGGCAGGACAAGAACCUUGAGUACCUCCUCAAGUCUGCCGACGGCCUCUACCCCCGCCGCUCCUGCUGGGAGGGCCUGAGCUCCAAGUUCUUCCGGGAGGACGCCAUGUCGCUCCUCAACCCUGACGUCAUCUACGGGAUGUGGAGCUGCUGCCGCAAGUCGAAGUUCGCGAGCGUGGGGUGCGAGACGUCGAGUCAUGUGGAGGACGGGGAGAUGGCCCGCUGCUCGCUGUGCGACAGCAUCUUCAACGUCCGGCUGUACCGCUCGAUUCCGAGGAGCUCGAUCUACAACCGACACUCCGUUGACAAGGCCUGUGCGCGACAUGCUGGGGAGCUGGUGGCCAAGGGCGUCUCGAGCUACUACUGGACAUGCUGCAACGGGUCCGAGGGAGCGCUCGGUUGCUCCAGGGGGAGACAUGAGGCAGCAAAGCUCGAGAGCCUGGUGGAGUAUGUGAGAGAUCACAAUGUCGAGGUGGACGACGAGGAGGUUCGCAAACAGAAUUUGGUCUUUUGCAUCCGAUGCCUCAGGUUCGUUGAUCGCAGGAAAUUUCACGAUGCUGCCUGUAAAUUUCAUACCGGAAAGUACCUGGAGGGUCAGGCUGUUCGUCCUCGUAUGCUUCUUCCGCUGGCACCUGGGGACAUUUCGCUUCAAGCCACCUUCCAAAAGCUGAUUAUUCACUUCAAAGCUCCUGAGCUCGGCGGGGAGUCAGGGUGUACAAAUCCUCACCUGAUGGCCAUUGAAGGUCGAACUCCACUAGCCUGUGGCUAUGCGCUCAUCACCCACUUCGAGGUCCUCAUCGACAGAGGAGCAGGCGGCAAGUUGCGGUUCGAGCGAUCGGAGGAGGUUCUCAGCAAGAGCGCGAAGAUCUGCGGGGUCUACAGGAGCGACAUGUGCAAGUCCAUGCACAUCCCAGCUGAGCCGAGGGAGCACCUCUCCCACCUCAGCCUCGAAGCUGAGCAGCAGCUGGAGAAGAAUGGCAGGGACGUUUUCCACUGCGUUCAGAUCAUCUCCUGCACAACACAGAAGAACGCAGGGAGGCCCUUCCCGGGAUGGAAGGGGGACCACAGCGAGGAGGUCUUCUUCCGUAUCCCUGAGAUCGGGAGGCCGGAGGUGGAAGUUAGGGAUCAUUUUGAAGUCUACCGCGCUGUCAUACUCAAGUGGAGGAUCCCUCCUUGCACGCAAGACGCAGGCGUGCGAUGCUUCAAGGUGCGGUGGCGCUUCAUCCUCAACUACUGGGGAGAGGAGGAGGAGGACGCGGAGGGAGAGGAGGAGAAGGAGAGGAGGAGGAAGAUGGAGGAGGAGGGAGAGCUUAUCCUGGGAGACUCGACCUCCCCCAUAGCUAGUGGAGGAUGGAAUGAGGUGAUAGUGAGCGGGUCUUCCCGCAGUUGCAGCCUGUUUGACCUCCGCCCUGGCUGCCUUUACGAGUUCUAUGUAGUUGCCUGCGGGAUCGUGCCCGAGGAGGAGGAGGAGGAGGAGGAGGAGGAGGAGGAGGAGAGGGAGGAGGAGGAGAAGUUCAAGGCCAAGGAGGAGAAGAGUGCCCAAGGAGUAGGGGACAGACGGUCGCAGCUUCUGCAGGGGGGAUCGUUCAAGUUCAAGCAGACGAAUCGGGCAGCAGGGAGCUUUUCGAAUCUGAUCGACAUGUCCACCACGAAGAAAGAGGAGGGCAAGGGUGCAAGCAAGCAGCAGGAGAGCGGCAGUUCGUACACUCUAGAGCUCCUCCUCCCCUGCUACGGUCAACACGAGAUGGCCUCUGAGCGCGUCAGGAUGGUCACCAUGCGCCGACCCGCCACCUGCUCCGACCCCUGCGUUCACUUUGUGUGCUCCUGCAACCUCGACCUCCCCUUCCGCCUCCGUUGUGACCUGGGGAUGGAGGAGAACAUGGAGAUCUACUGCAGCAACUCGCUGGCCCUGUGCUGGAGGAAGCCUCGAGACUUCGGGGAGGUCAAGGUCAGCGGCUUCAAGGUGGUGGAGGAUGGAGGGCGGAGCUUCUGGAUCUCGGAGGAGCACUCGACAGAGCUAGCGGGCAUCCUGCUCAGGUCCGGCAGGAUCCCAGCUAGCCUGAUAGAGGAGGAACGGGUCCGCUCUUUUCUCCUCCCCGUCCUGCCCGCCACGAGGUACAGAAUCCGAGUGCUUGCUACCACCAGGAACCCUGUGGCGGCCGAGGGAGACGAUGCUCCUCCUCUCCUCUUCGUCUCUCCUGGGGUCCGGGCUCCUCGUCUCCAGCUGAUCUCCGCAAACUUCUCCGCCACUAUCGGAAGUUCCUUCCUCCUGCAGUGGUUCCCCCCUGAAGAGCUGGGUACGCGCCCUCUCCUCGGCCGCGUGAGGGGCUACACGAUCUGCUGGGAGGAGGAGGAGGAGGAGGACAAGGCAAGGAAGCGGACGAAGAGCAUCUACCUGUCAACGGCUGAGGCGCACAUGUUGGAGCGAUUGAAUGUCGGGAUUCACAAAGAGCGCUGCGAGAGCGAGGAGGAGGAGGAGGAGGAGGAGGAGGAGGAGCGGGGGGGUGAGGAGGAGGAACGAGAGCAAGCAGAGGAGGAGGAGACGCGAGGGGUUCGGAGAGACUCGGCCAUGCAGCGCGUGCUACCGACGAGGACGGUGGAGGAGUUGGAGAAGGAUGAGGAGGGGACGCUGACGCACAGGAGCACGACUUUCUCCCCCUCCCAACAUCCUCACUCGCGCCAUGUCGUCGUUGGUCGAGCGCAGGUCCCUCCUCGCGGGAAGGAGAGGGACUUCCUUCUCCGCCUGCGGGACGCCUCCUCCUGCUUCGUCUGGCUCUCCGUCGACUGCGAGCACUGUGAACCCGAGCACGCGUACCUGCGGAGCGAGAGGCUGCAGGUGCAACUGCCGUUCCCUCCCGAACGCCCAUGGCUGGAGAGCGAAACGAUCCUGAACGAGGAGGCGAGGAGGACGAUGAGGCUCUUCGCGCAGCUGUGCAUGGCAAGCGAGCAACGGGAGGACCUGCUGCGAGAGAUCAGUGAGUUCGACAGAAGGGCGAUUGAUCCUUCCCGCCUGUGGGUCAGGACGAGCGAGUGGAACCCGCUGCUGGAGCAGAGGACCAGGAAGACAAACUUCCGUCGCCUCCUGCAAACCGAGUCGGAGAUCCACUCCCUCAUGCAGCAGCAUGCGCAUGCCCGUACGCUCGCGUCCUUCUCCCUCCUCCUCCGCUGGGUGAAGCCCAAGGACUACGGGGAGGCAAAGAUCUCGAGUUUCAUCUUGCAGGUCGAGCGGAGGCCCUGGAAGAACGCUCCCUUCCGCACUCCAGCUCACAUUCAGCUGGCCUCUGACGACAUUGCCCAGCACGACGCAGGGCAUCCGUACGAAGUGAGACUCGACGGGCUGAAGUUCGGGGAGGACUUGUCCUUCAAACUCUUCUCCCUCGCCCUCCUCGGCUCCUCCUCCCGCAUCAUUCCCCUCCCCCACUCCUCCUCCGCCUCUGCCCUCUCCUGCAUGAAGCUCAAGGAGAAUGAGGUUCCCAGCUUGCAAUCCAACGAGAUCGACUUGUCCAGCCUGACACAGUCGGACGCGAUGAAGCCUUUCACCUUCGCCGUCAGUUUAGCCUGGCACACACUAGACCUCAACUCUUUCAGCACCUCCCUGGUUGAUCCCCCACCCUUCCGACCUCCUGCCUCCCAACCUCCGCCUUCUCGAGUCCCCUGGGUCCCAGCAGGAUUUCAGCUGGGGGAGAGCACGGCCGACUUGCUGAGGGAGAAGCACGAAAGAGCUGAGAGUCUUGACCCGAGGAGCGCGAUCUUUGCGGAGGGAGGAGGACUAUCCCCGACUAGCAGGAGGAGGAUCGCAGCGAUGAAGAGCCACAAGGCGAAGCAGGUGGAGGAGGCGGCGGCAGCGGAGGGCCCGAAGGCGGCGACGAGGGAGCGGCUGCUGGCGCAGAUGAUGAGGAGGGCUCUGGAGAGGAGGAGCGACCCCGCGGAGCUGACGGAGUUCCGGCUGACGCUGGAGCAGGAAGCGCUGUGCCGCAACAAUCUGUCCAUGAACGCUCCCCCCGAGAGGAACGAGGAGAUUCACGGCUGCACGCGCAUCUCCAAGAGUUCCGCCAGCCUGCAAAGGAGCAUGCUCAUCGGGUCCAGGGCCGCAGCCAUCGCAGGGCUGACCCCCGUGCAGGGAGAGCUCUCUUCCUCCUCCACUACUACCAACAACGCCGACCCGGCUGCCCAGCAUCCCGUCGCCCCCCCGGCCUCCUCCUCCUCCUCCUCCCCCAUGACGCUCAAGUUCGACGACGGGGUCUGCAAGGUCGUCCUCUUCUGGGUGCCUUGGAUGCGCCAUUGCCAGAGGAUCCUCUUCCUUCUCGGCGAACUCCUCCGAAGGCACCGCAACCAUCGGGGAGCUGGGAAGUGCAGCUGGGAGCUCGUCACCGUCGCCCUCCCUCCUUCCCCCGAGCAGCUGCAGCUGUACCCAGACCUCAAGGCUCGAAUAAAGGAGGCGAUCGAUCAGCUCGACUCGGCGCGGGCCGCCCGGCCCCAGCAGGAGGGCGAGCUGGACGAGGGGACGUCCCGUAAGCCUGCUGGCGGCAAGAGGGCGACAAAAGGGACAGGAGAGAAGCUGAGAACUCCGACCCCAGCUGAUCCCGACCUGGUAGAGAGCCUGAGCAAGCUGUCGCGAGUGAUGGAGCGGACGACAGGACGAGCCUCUUCCCUCCUCUCGGGCGUUCUCGGCAUCCCUGCUAGCCUUUCCCAGCAGAUCGCCGAGCUGGUCGUCCCUCACCCCUCGGUCUGCCGGCAGGAAAUCUCCUCUCCUCUCCUCGAGUUCGUGGAGAUCCGCGACGGCCUCUGCGUCCGCCGGCGCCUGCUGGACAAGGCGGGUGGCGAGAGCUCCGAGCGCUUCGGGCUGGCCUGUAUGAACCCUCUGGAGAUGAUGACGACAACUGCUGGGGACGUGCUGGAGAGAUUGAGGAUGCGGAGGGGGGAGGAGUGGAGGCACUUCGAGCUGAGAGAGAAGAUAACCCCCCUGAGGUACGAGCAGCUUCCCAGCUCCAAGAGCCGACGAUUCCAGCUGCUGCAGGACCAGCACACGGCGCUGCAGGAGACGUACCGGAUCUCGUCUGCUCCCACCAUCCUCGUUGUCGACCCCGAGGGUGUGGUAAGCUGGAGGGGUACUGGAGGCUGGAAGGGGCUCGAUGAGAAGGCGCUGGACACGGGGAAGGCAGCUGAAGAUGCUUUCCUCCGCUUCAUAGAGGAGAGAAUCCGCAUAGCCUGCGGUCACACGGAAGGAGGAGGAGGAGGAGGAGGAGGAGGAGGAGGAGGAGGAGGAGGAGGAGGAGGAGGAGUAGGGAGGAGCGGCCUGUCCUUGUACAAAAAGCAGCACGAGCGGGGCACGAGGAUACAGCCCGGGGAGGAGGCGCACCCCGUGGCAUGGCCGUGGGAGGCGAUCGACCAGGACGAGGCUCGGCUGAGGCUCGAGGAGAUGGACCGGCCGAGGAGGAGCAUCGUGCAGGCGCGGCAGCAGAUCUUCGACCGAGCAACCCGCAACACCGCAAAGUUCUCGAAGCACGGGCGGGAGCUCGAGAUGCAGGCGAUGGCGUUUUCGUUCGAGCGAUGGAAGCGGAGGGCGAAGAAGAGACGACGAUGA